UUGUUUGUUUUAUAGACCUGAUUUACAGACAAUCAGAAUAAUUACACCCUUGCUGAAAUGGAGCAAGGCAGACGCCCAAUUCUUUCUUGGUGUGUCUACUGUUGUUCAUACAUACUGUAAAUGGAACUCAGACUGCGAAACGCAGGCUGAAGUUGCUGACAUUAUUUCAUUCCUUGAGAAACAAGCUCGUACUGGCUGUCAGCUGAAAGGAAAAACUGAAGCAACCCUGGAGAAGGCCCUGAUAGCCAUAAAAGCUCUAGGGAACAUGGGUGUUGGUAAGAGUAUCAUAAAUCCUACUUUGCAACAUUGCAUAGAACAUAAACUACUGCCCACAGAGGUCAGGAUUGCCGCUGUAGAGGCCUACAGACGACUUCCUUGUGAAGAAUCGCGAGAAUACUUCUUGAAUCUCUUUCGUGAUCAGUCGGUUGAUUCAGAAUUACGUAUUGCGGCCUAUUUGGAGGUGAUGAAAUGCCCCACUUACAUUGUGAUUAAAACAAUCAAACACUCACUUGAUAAAGAAGAAGUUAAUCAAGUUGGGUCUUUUGUAUGGAGUCACCUUCACAAUUUGUUGAAGUCGUCUAGUCCCAGCAAAGUGGAAAUACAAGCACUUUUACAAGAUAAAGACCUUGACAGUAAAUUUAGUAAUGAUGUGAGAAAGUAUUCUCAUAACUAUGAAGGCUCCAUGUUUUUUGAAAAUUAUAAUUUUGGUGGAAGCUAUGAAAGUAAUGCUAUCUUUUCACCAAAAUCUUACCUACCACGAUCAGGAACAUUCAAUGUCACUGUAGACCUGUUUGGAGAAUCAAUAAAUAUUUUGGAGGUAGCUGGUCGCAUGGAAGGUUUUGAGCACUAUAUCGAGUCUAUUUUUGGACCCAAAGGUGCACUCAGCAAUGCGAAAGUAAAGGAAGGACUUGAUAAACUAAGGUUCUUACGAAGUACAACAGAAGACAUGAGGUCUAAAGUGAAUGCUCUUCCAGAUGUUGUGGAUACCAAUUUUGAUGAUCCGAAGGCAUCUAUUGCAGUAAAAAUAUUUGGAAAUGAAUUAAGAUACCACAAGGUUGCUGGUGAUGACGGUGUAAGGGCUGCAUUGAAUUCCAUUAAUCCAGUACAAAAAAUAAAACAGCUGUUGUCAGGAAAGGAAAUUAACUACAACAGCGCUGCGCUGUUUCUAGACACCAGCUACAUUGUACCAACUUCAACAGGACUUCCGAUCAGUUUAAGUGCUGUGGGUACAGCUGCAGUCAACUUACAAAUGUCAGGGUCCAUCAAAGCGGGUGACUUUUUGAAGACACACGAGCUGGAUGUUGAGGGCAAAAUACGACCAAGUGUUGCUAUAGAUGUUGUUGGAACAAUGGGUGUUGAUGCCUAUUACGCAAGUACCGGAAUCAAACUACGAACUAAUAUGUAUUCUUCAUCAGCUGUGGAGGGUCAGCUAAAAGUUCGAGGCACCAAACUUGUGAGCCUGAAUUUCAAUCUUCCGAAGGAUAAAAUUGAAAUAAUCAACGCAAGAUCUGAACUGAUAGUUAUGCAUGGUGAUAAGGAGGAAUAUCAGGCUGGAAUCAAGAAAGGCCGAGUGGAGCAGAAAGUAUGCAGUUGGCAGUCGCUUGACCAAACACUUGGUCUGAACUUUUGUGCUGAUUACCAGUUUCCUGCAUAUAACUUAAAUAGUAGCAGUCAAUUUAUUUUUAAUGGCCCUACCAAGCUUGCCGCAAGUCUGCAAAAAGCUGAUCCCACUGCAAAGAAGUACAUGCUUGAAUACAAAUGGGACACUACUAAAGAGAAUGUGACUGUUGUAAGUCUUGUAUUUGAUACACCUGAAUCCAAGUUAAAACGAGAAAUGAGCAUGAGACUACACCUGGACAUGAACAGCCAGAAUCUCACUCUUCUGCUGCAGUCAAACAGCAGCAGAUUCCAAGCACAUGGGAAAUACAAAAACACUGAAAAUGAGAAGUAUAUUCAGUUUGGUCUAAAUAUUGAUGGUAAAAAACAUUUUGAUGCAGAAGUGGGAUUAAAAAUAAAACAAAUAAAAUAUGGUUACUCGUAUCAACCCAAAUUUUACCUUGGAAUUAACAAUGAAAGGAUUGCAGAGCUUUCAGGAAACUUGAAGUGGAUUGAAAAGAAAGGUGUUUCACAAUGUGAUGUGAAUUUAGCAUUUCACACAAAGAAAGUAACAAUGAAAUUAUUUGGCUAUGUUCAAAAGAGUGAUGCAUCAGUAUCUACAAACUUAAAACUGGAUUACAAGUUUCCAAAAGAAAAAUUAGAAACUGUUAAAAUAGAAGCAGAAUUGAGUAAUCGAACUGUUAAAUACUUGUAUCAACUUAAAGGGAAUUUAAAGAUAGGAUCGUCAGCGUAUUCCCAAUUUAAUUUCACAUCUUCUUUGAACUUCCUUAAAUCUCAGGGCCAUGUUGAAUGUAUUUUAGAGAUUAACACUGGGCCACAGUUAACAGAUCAAAGGAAUAAACUUACCAUUCAGCUGGUGUUUAAAUACAACAAGAACUUGGAAGGCUGCAAGUUAAACACUUUUCUCAGCAUUACAAAACCGUUAAGUGAAAUUAACAUCAUGCUAGGUUUCAUGUAUCAUUUAACUGGCCCUGUACAUAAGGCGGAAGCUAAAAUUCAAUAUGCCACAGACAAACAAGUUGUAAUCUCUGCAGAUUUGGCAAUUCCACGUGGCAGCCUAAUGUAUGUUGAUGCGAAGCUGAAUGUUACAUUACCCUCAUUUAAUCCCAUGCUGCUGGAAUUGAAGAUACAUGAAAAAAACCCAAAUGAAUAUGCCAUUGAAUUGUCAGGAACAUGGUUUAGCGGACACACUUUUUUUGCCAAAGGCUUAUACCAGGACAGAACAACAGCAAAAAUUACAAGUCACAACUUGAAAAUGAUUAUCAAGUCACCAAGCUUUAAUGAAAUUUCUGUAGUGUGUAAAAUUCUGUCUGAUGACAAGGAACUGAAAGUAGAUUUUCAGGCUGAUCAUAAUGAUGAUAAAUACUCGCUGCUAUUGAAGCAUUCUUCGACUUCCUCAGCAGAAUUCGAGACAUACGUUGACUUACGCUACAAGAAAAGAAUAUAUACUCUGACUACGACUAUUAACCUUUUGGACCUUAAGCAGAUGCUCUUGGAGUUACAUCUUGACCAGCACCGAGAUAUUCACGUAGCUUUGACAGGAAUGAAUCGUGCAGACAGAAAGGAAGCAGCAGUUGAAAUCAAGUGGGAUGCCAACCGAGAUCCUGGCCAAAAGUUUGCUGCGUCUGUUGAAUUUGUCAACCCUGACCGAUUUAAUUACAGCGGAGCUUUCUUAAUAGCCUAUCCUGGUCGAGCUGUGAAAGGGAAUUUUCAUCUUGCCUUUAAAGGUACCACUUACAAAUCCUCAUCCCACUUAGAAUGGAGCCCAAAGGAUGUUAUUGAGGUGACCAUAGUCUCUGUACAUAAAUACACAGACAAUUUAUUGGUCAAGGUGAACUGUGAGCUAUUGACACCUUUUGAGAACUGGAGGAGGACGUCUGUAUCAGGCGGCAUUCGACAUGAAGACUACUUGUUUAGUGCUAAUGGCAGUGUGUACUGGCAGGAUGAUCAGAAUAUUGCAUUGGAUUUCUACAAUAACUAUUUAAUCACUGAAAAUGGUUUCCUGUAUGAACUCAAGUCUUCCAUAAUAAGUACCAUCCCACAAGUGUCAUCAUUGUCUGGAAGAUUCUAUCACAAGCAAACGAACAAGAGAUUUGAUACAAAUAUAUACAUACAGUAUCAUCCACAACAGACAAUAACUAUGAAGAGCAUGUGGGAAUAUGAACAGGGUCCAGAAUCUUAUAACCUCACAGGAAUAAUUUCUAUGGUUUCUCCAUUUGAUGGAUAUCAUAUGGGAGACUUAAGUAGCUGGGUACAUGUCACCAGUGACUGGGACAUUACAGGUGCUGCUGAUCUGAACCUUGAUACAAGGAAAUACACUCUGAUAUUGGAAGGGCAUUUGAAGAAACUAAGUAACAGUAUGCUUGAAUUCAACAUUACUACACCAUUUCACAAGUAUGGAACCAUCACUGGACGAUUUGGUUAUUCAGAAGCUGAAAAGCAUCUUGUAGCUGAAGUCAAAGGGCCUUCUUUUGGUAUUGGAAUUGAUAUUCUGUUCAGAAUUUCCAGCAUAAGUGAUUUUGAUGUGAAGUUCAGUUUAGAAACUCCGAUGGAAUUUGUAACAAAAGCAUUGGUUAUUGGGAAAUUGAAGGAGGAUAUGAUUGAUUUCAGGUGUGGCUGGAAUGCUUUAGUUAUUGGAUUUUCAGGAGUCUGGCAUUACGUGGCCAUUACAGAUUUUGAGCAUAAUUAUCGAAUUUAUACUCCACUGGAAGGAUUUGAAGAGAAUGGCAUCAUAGCCAAAUUAAUAUACAGAGAUGGCCUUGAUUUUGCUUUUGGCAUUGUACUGUCUGAUAUAAAGCUUGGUCUGAAGAUUGCUGGUGCACCAAAACCCCUUUCUAUUAAAGUCUUGAAUUCGAAAAAUAUAGGACAAGAGCUAGAAGAGAUUGACCCUGAUUAUGAUGAUAGUGCUGGCGAGGAUGAAAGUGAAGAUGCACUCAGUUGGAGGGGUGUCAUUGAACUGGACACUGUCCUCUACCCAACAAUGAAAGGAAUGCUGGACAUUGACGAAAGGGGAACUGUUUAUAAUAUUGUGGCAUCACUGGUGCUUCCAGAUGGAGUUGCAGAAAUUCGGGAUGAAUUUGAUUUUAUUGAUAUUUUUACAAUGACAAACCGACUUCAUCUUACAACUCCAUGUGAAUGUUUCAAAGAACUGAUAUCCAAUUGUAACUUUCAAGUGAUGUUGGGUGAACAGUAUGAAAUGUCUCUUGACUUUAAAGUAAAGAGCAAAAGUGAGUGGAAGAAUGCUGGAUUUUUAAUAAAAUAUACCUAUGGAAGUGGAAAAGAUGAGGAAACUGAUGCUCAUACCGCAAGACUCAAUAUAUUUUCUCCAUUUGAUACUUUGAAGCUCUUGGAUGUAACAGCUUUAAUAGAAAUUCAAGACAAAUUUUAUCACACCAAUUUGACAUUGCUGACUAACCAAAGCUAUUUUACAACUGGAGGAGACAUUGAGCUAAAGGAUGGUUAUGUAGAUGCAUCUGUGGGUCUGAAUAUGGUAUCACCUCUUUACAACAUAUCAGCUUUUCGAGUAUCAGCUAUAAAGGACUUCUCUAAUGAGGAAAAAAGAAUUGAAUUUGUGCUUGAUAGAUUGAAUGCUACACUUAAAAAUUUAAAGUUUGAAGUGUCAUGGCACAUUGAAGGGAAUACCUUUGUCAAAGCUCAAGGAAUACUUCAAACACCUUAUGACAAGCUAUCUCUGAUUGAAGGAAACAUUAUAUUUACCCAAAAUCCCACUGAUUCAUCUGUAUCAUUGGAUUUUCAACUUACAUAUGCACCAGGUCAACAGAUAAUGGUGUCUUUACAUUUGGAAGGAAAUAUCCUUACAGUUGAUAUGGAUAUGCCUAUUGAAGGUUUGAGUAAAGCACAGCUGAAUGGCACACUGACUCCCACUGGUGACGGGGAAAAAACUUUGCAAGCAUUUUUGCAAUCUGAUGGAAAAUUGCAUAAUGUACAUGGCAAUGUCAAAGUGACACCUCAGGUUCCAUUCAUGGUGAAUAUGAAAAUUGUAACACCUAAUAAAAGUGAAAAAGAAAUUGGUAUAAUGUUGAAAAUCCAGAAAAAAGAGAAUAGUUUUGAAGUGACUUCUGCAUUUAUGCAAGGGAAAAAUAAGCUAACUGUGGAGAGUGAAUUAGAUCUGCAGCCAAAUGACUGGAACAUUAAUAUGAAGGUUGUGACUUCUCAUCCCAUAUAUAGUUCUUUUGUUGUAAGUGGAAGGCUCUUGAAACAGAGUGAUGGAAAUGUUAGUCUGGAAGCAAAUGCAAACACAUCCAUACAAGGGUUUGAGAGAUUGGUGAUUGGAGGGCAUUACUUGGUGACUGUGAAGUCUGGUAUUGUGAGAGCUGUAUUUGAUGCCACACAAGCUAAAGGAAAAUUUGAUAUGGAAUGGACGUGGAUCAUAAUGGAAAAUAUGGCUGCUAAAAUGAUUGGAUUUUAUGAAACAAGAAAUGUGUCACGACAUCUUAUCUCAGAGGUGUUUUAUAUAAAUCCAAAAAAAUCAUUCAAAACGUUUGCUGCUGGAGUGGAUGUUAAUAUUAACAGAAAUAGUUGGCAAUUUGGCACAAAUGUGAGUCUUGCAAUUCCAUCGACUGGUAAUGUCACAGUAGCUCUGAAUCUGAAGCUUCCCCCACCACAGAAUGAAGUCCAUACAAUAUUUAGCAAACUACAAUACACAAAGGAUUACAAAUAUGUGAAUGAAGUUUUAAAAUAUUCCACAUUUCAUUCAAAGAAAUUGUAUGCAACAUUUGGAGAGUUUAGAGUAAUGUCAGAUACAAUUGAUGGAAAUCUGACAUUUAGAUGGGGAAAUAUCAACUAUAAAUCAAUUACCAAUAUCCUGCAAGUGAGUCGUGGAGACAGAUUGAUUGAUUUAAUGUACAUUUUAAACACGCCAAAAUAUGAAGAAGCUACUUUGGUAGCACAGAUGUUUUACGACGGUUCUGAUGUUUAUCAUAAAAUAAAGGGUAUGCUCUUUUGUCCUGCAAGCCAUUUUAUCACUGGUGGUAACAUAGAUUACAACAGUUUUGCCAACAUGCAUGGCAAGGUCAAUACAACCAUACCAUUUUCAAUGCUGCCAUAUGUUGGACUCAACUUCAAAGCUGUGACAAAUUUGUUACAUCAUCAGCGGUUUGUAGAAGCCUUCUGGCCUAACAACACUGCACUCUUUGAUUCCAAAUACGCGUAUGAAAAUGAAAAUUACAACACUCAAAUAAAUGGUUCCAUUAUUGUUGAAGUGCCACUAAAAACAAGACAUACGGGAAACCUGGUGUAUGGAUUCAAGAAAGGACCAGUUCUUACCACGGGUUAUUCUUUCAUUGAGUACAACACCAGGAAGUUUUUAGAAGGCCGGUACAACUGUACCUCACAGUCGUCUGCAGGAUUUGAUAAAGAUGUGAUAAACGUGGAAAUUGAUAAUGCGUAUUCUCCAUUGGGCAUUCUGUAUAUACAUCAGUUUGAAUACAGUGCAGGAUUUGAAGGCGAGAAUUUACCAACAACCGACUUAAAGAGAGCUGAGAUUUUCAAGCUGCAUAAUAAAAGUGGAUUACACUUGACUGGUGAAGUGUUUGUUCAUUCAACUGAUACUGGACAAGAAAUUACACUGACAGCAAUUCAUACAAACAGAACUGUUAGACUCAAGACAGACUAUAAUUUCUUGGACCAUGAAUUCAAACAUAAGUCUGUUCUGCACCUUGAUCCACACUCUUGGGCAAGUUAUGAUGUCACUAUAGUCAACAAAGCCACAAAUGAGAAGGAAGAAGAACAUGUGGAAUUAAACUUUGCAUAUCCAAAGAGAAAUUUCACUGCUUUGGGUUACUACCAAAUGUCAAAUACCUCAUUGUCUUCAGAAAUUACAUUUGUGUGGGAUAAACAAGCAAGGAAGAAAACAGUUGGUGCAUCCUUUGAUUGGAAGAGAUUGAGUUUCUCUCCCAACAAGCAACAUGCUGUUGUUAGCAUCAAACAUCCCUCUUUUAUAAGGGAUGUGACACUUAAUGGCCAUUACUCAGCUGAUAACAAGGAUUUGGUAGAUGUAUUGACUGAAUUGGAAUACUCAACAGACAGCAACAAGAAGCUGUCCUUGUUUGGGAAAUUGCGAGACAAUUCAAGAGGAAAUACAAAACAUUAUAACUUUGAAAUACUGGGAUCGCAUCCUGCUACUAGGCUGGAUUUGAAAGUGCAAGGUCAAGUGAAGUUAGACGGAAAAAUUUAUGAAACAAACAACGAAGCAAGCUACAAGAGAUCAUUCCUACCAUUACAGACUGGAAACCUAAAAGGAAGAGUGAAUAGUAUUAUAAAAGAAAUAGAAUUUGAGAAGAAGGCACAGAGAGAUUUGACUUAUCUGAAAGGAAAGUACACUGGCAAAAGUUCUUUGUAUGUCGUAAAUGGUACAUUUAUAAAAGGAAGGAAUCUCAAUGCCACAGCUAAAUUCUUUAUUAACUUGGAUGAUAAACUGGUACAAGGAAAUAUCAACUACACACCAGAUGCUUCAGAGAGUUUCAAUAUGUAUGGAAAAAUCCCAGAUGCUCGAAACGUUAUCCUUAAUAUCUGGAGAGAUUAUGAAGACAUCCGUAUUUCGGAUGUAUCUGUUUAUCUACGCUUGAAUCAUUCACGUCUUGUUACUUCAAAAUUUAAAUGGCGCCCCGAAAUUAGGGCUGAAAUAAUGACUGGAAUUUAUGAUGCUUUUGAUUCAGUAUGGAAUGCUUUUAUUAAUUCUGUUGACUACUGGAGGCAGUACAUUAAGUCUGAAACCUCAGAUGCUGUGAAUGACGUUUGGCUAGAUGCAAAACCAAUUGUACAGAAAUUUCUUGAUGAUGUCAGUGAACUAAAACAUUUGUCUGAAGAUUUUGAGGAAUUCAAGGUUUAUUUAAACAAGUCCUACAACGCAAAUGAGUUUUACAUCCGAGAUAUUGUUGGUGUUACAAUCUAUGUCAUCGAUGAGUUAUCGCUUAGGGGCCAUAUUGAAUCACUGCCUGAAAUUAUAAAUGAAAUAUGGGCAGUAAUGGGAGAGUCAGGGGAGGCAGUUAGAAAAUCACUGGUUUGGAUUAUUGAAACUAUCAAAUCUUCAUACAAGAAAGUAGUAGAUUUUAUAAAUGGACUUCUGAAUGGUGAUUCAACAGCACAAAUAACUGCACUGCUUGAGAAGUUAGUUGAGAAGUAUGACAGAUUCAUCAAGGAUCUCCAUGUUUCAUUCAUAAAGAAAAUGGAAAAUCUGUGGAAUAAAGUAUCUACUUUCUUAUGGAAUCAUUGGCACAGUUUCUUACAAACAAUUGAACCUACAUUUAUUAAGUUUCUUCAUUACUUAGAAAGUGUACUCUGGAAAGCAAGCAGAGAAAUCUUAGAUUUCCUCUAUGAAAGAAGAAAUGAUGUUUUGGAAUCACCAUAUUUUUCCAAGAUCUAUGAUUUUGGUCAGGAUGUAGAUAAAUUGUACAAGGAUAUAAUUAAAAAUGACAUUAUAACUAAUGUCAGGAAAUAUUCAAAAAAAAUGUACGACUUCAUAACAGAGAAAUAUUUCACCAUGGUGCCAUUUGGAAAGGAAUUGCACCAAAUUGCCAAUGAGUUGAUAGAAGAAUUUAAGGAAUUAAGCAAACUUCCAUCUAUAAAUUAUGCAAUCAAGAAAGCCAAUGAGUUGUAUGUUAAGGUGGUCUGGAUGUAUGAAUCACUAGAUCUUGGAACAAGAGUACAGAUGGUGAUAAGAAUAAUACACAAGAAGUUGACUGAUGUAACACAGACUGCCCUUCAAGUUGAGAACAAGUAUCGAGAAGCUAAAACAAAAUUUAUCUUUGACCCAGAGAGUGGAAAUGUGGAAUGGGAACAGAAGCUUCCCAUGUCAUGGCACGCAUUUAAUGAAACGCCUAAAUUUGAAGAAAUUCCAGAAUACAGAGCACUGAAUGAGCUGCAGGCUUACUUCAUUACAUCAAAUUUCACAUUCUGGACAAUUUUUUAUAAGUACAGGCCACUCUUAGAUCCAUCAUGUUGGCUGCCACCAUUUAAAGCUCAAGCUAUGAUAGCAGGAACUCAGCAUUUCAUGACAUUUGACAGAAGAUUUUUUGAGUUCCAAGGAUCAUGUUCCUACUUGUUAACUCAAGAUUUUGUAGACAGGAACUUCUCUGUUGUAAUAACAUUCAAUCCAAACAACAAGGUUAACACUCAUGAACUUGCACUUAUUAUUGGUAAAGAGGUAGUGCAAGUAAAUGUGUUUGAAGAUUCUGUGAAAGUCCAGAAAGAGGGUAUCAAGCAACUACCCAUUGCAAUAGAAGACACAUAUAUCUAUCAGGAAGCACAAAUACUGACAAUAGAAAGUGCCCAUGGGUUUUCCAUGCAGUGCAACUUUAAAUUUGAUGUUUGUACAGUCACUUUGUCUGGUUGGUACUUUGGCAGAACUGCAGGUGUUUUUGGAACCAUGGAUAAUGAACCAAGCACAGAUUUCCUUACAUCCAGGAAAACAAUAGAAACUGACUUGGGCAGAUUUGUGAAGAGUUGGGCUUUGGAACCACAGAAAUGUACUUCUUCAAAGAACUUUGCUCUGCAGCAUCCACGACUUGACGCUGAACUCUUUAAUCUGUGUGAUUCAUUUUUCAAAUCCAAGACAUCACAGUUCAGUUCUUGUUUUCCUGUUAUUGACCCAAUGCCUUUCCUGAAGAUGUGUCUCAACAGCAGAGAGUCAGGCACCAAGGAUCCAUGCAUAACAGCUGUGGCUUACCUGCAAGCAUGUCUCAUGGAGAACACUCCUCUUAGGAUUCCUGACACGUGUGUCAAGUGCCAGCUGGUAAAUGGAACUGCAUUGCUGGAAGGAGAUUUUUGUCACAUGGAGAAUAAUGACAUCCCACAGUCAACUGACAUUGUGUUCAUAAUAGAGGCCAAAGACUGUAAUAGAAAUAUAAAAGACAGAAGAAAUAUGGAUGCCCUGACUUCUAUAUUGUUAAAGGAACUAACAGAUCAAAAAAUAGUAUCUAACAGGUUUGCAGUUGUAGUAUUUGGAGGAGAUGGUGUUCAUGACAAACCUCGCAGCAUUGUUAUCAAUGGCAAUGUCUUCACAGAUCAUCAUUUCCUUCCUCAAUACUUCGAGAACAUUCCAGCAGGUAAUGGAAGUGCAGAUAUUUUUGGAGCAAUCCGUUACGCUGCCAAACUACUGUUCAGACCAGGAGUCUCCAAGACUUUUAUUUUGUUGCCAUGCACAAACUGUGAUCCAGCUAAUACUACUGUUGACUACACAGUCUUGCAUCAAGUUCUUCUGGAGAAUGGCAUCACCCUUCAUAUUCUGAUGAAUAAUGAAUUCAAAUUUGGAAAGGACAGAGUGAAUAAAAUUUUUUAUGGUAUGGAUGGGUUAACUGCAUAUACAAAGAAGCAUGUGAAAAUGAAAACAGUGGUGGGAUCCACUGAACUCCGAAGACAAGUUAAACUUCCCAAAGUUGCAUUGGGAUACUGCACACCACUCGCACUGGAAACAAAUGGUACUGUCUUCACAGCAAGAAAACUUGAGUCAGACAAGAAAAAUGUUGUGAAGAAGUUUGCAACUGUGUUUGCAAAGAGAGUCGCCCAGUCUGCUCGGCCCUCGUCUUGUCAGACUUGUGAGUGUACGGCCGAUAACAACGGAAUGAGUUACAUGGAGUGCUUUCCAUGUGAAUAUCCAUCUCCAGUCACAAUUGACUAUGAUUUCACUGAAGAUGGGGCAUUUCAACUGACAAGGGAUGAUGGUGACAUGCAUUAUGAUGACUCAGAAGAUGAUGUGGAAGAUUUAUAAAGAGAUAUAGAUUAUAAACAGAACAUUUCAUAGUGGCUGAUGGCAUGAGUUAUAGUUAAGUUAUUUACAAAGCAUUUAAACAUUUCUGAAAUAUAAAUUAUGCAUACAUUGGACUCUUCCUGAACUGACUCUCUCUUAACCAUUUCUUUCCAUUAGCUAAAUUCCUUCUUUCUUGAGAGUGGAAAUAGGAAUUUCAGAGAUAAUAUGAAUCGUGAAUAAUACUGAUGAAACAGACAGUUAUCAGGGCUGAACAGACAGAAGAUCGUGAGGAUUCUGAUGAAACAAACAGUUUGGAUACCGAAAGAAGGUGAACUAUGCAGCCACCUAUGAAUCAUUGCACUUUUCUAGCAGAAAAAUUUAUUGAACCAAUUUACUUUUGAGAAGUGAUGUCAAGACUUCUGUAAGAAUUUCAUAUAAGAAAAGCUGACCGAUUCUUAGGUUGUUUUGAUAAAUUAAGCUACAUUUAUUUCUGUGCAUAAACAUUAUGAGUGAAGUGUAUCUGUAAUUAUACACUCAGUUACGAUUUUUCACUAUGUGCAUUUCUGUUCUGUUAUUUUAGUUACUGUUUCUCUAAGCAGGAAACAUGCCUCCAGAUAAACUAACUAGUCAGUUAAGCAUCUCUCCUCAGUCCAGUGUAAGUCUCUGGAUUUAAAUACCACUUUAAUUUGUGUUAAUGUUUGUAUAUGUUACAUUUUCAAGUGGUGACUACAAUUUAUAAUCAAUAUCAUGCAACAAAUAUUAGGUUUAGAAAAUAAGUUCUGUAAUCCAUUCUGAAGAUAUUUAAAUGAAUUUGUAUGGUUUUAUGCUUUCAGAAUUGAAAAGUGAAAGAAAAUCUGAAAUUUUAUAUACAUUUUAAUACAGUAUUUUGUAUUGAAUGUGCCUAUUGGUAACUUUCAAAUACAAUAUUCCAGUGGUAAUCUGUUUCUCAUUGGUGGCCAUUUAAUAUUCACUGUAAUUUACAUUUCAUUGCAUUCCUUAUAACACUAACACCAUGAGUCUGUCAUAUAUUUCAAAGUUAUGAAAAGGAACAGGGUUGUUCAAUGUUAAAAUUAAUUAAAUGUGAUGCUCAGAUGACUGA